UAGUAUUAUAGUUGCUCUGGCCUCUUGUGCUGAUGACAGCGAAAUUCUUUUCCUUCGCUUCGGAUUUCGUACCUUCGAAUAUUAUAAAAUGGCCAUCGCGAUCUAGGUAAACGGUUCCGGUUUUUGUAAGUUUCGCGCGAGUUUGACCGGGUGCUUCGUACGGCAAACGGUACCUUCCGGUGUCCUCUUCCGGUUGACGGUAGUUUUCGGUGCGACCGCUCACGCCAAUUGAAUGAAGUGUAUGUAUGUGUUCUGUGCUGCUCUAACAUCCAAAGGAAAAUAAGGGAAAGAUAUUGCGUGAAAUAGUUGCACAAACCACCGAAUGAAAUUGUUGUUCUUCGAGAAUAAGUGUUCGGAGCCGCAAUGUUACGAAAAGAAGGAGAAACAAUGUCCGGCGGGCGAAAGUCACUACUCGCUAACGGAGGGGGCGCGGCGGCUAGUUCCGGUUUCCGGAAAAUUGGCAACAACUGUGGCGGCGUCGGCCGAACGAAGAUAUCAUUUUCAUACAGCCGGCAGCUUGCGGCGGGGCGCAUUCUGGGAGUGCUCAUUAUACUCACCAUUGUCACAGGAAGUUAUGCUUCAAGGAUCCUCCGGCACACCAACAGCAAAAGGAGCAGCUCCAUUCUGAACGACUAUUCUCGGCCGGCAUCGUCGUCGUCAUUAUUCAAGGAACAACACCAGCAGCAGAUUAAUGGGAAAUAUUUAAACUCGCAUGAGAAUGGAGUGUCGUCCUCGUUCCAGCAGGGGACAUCCGGAGGUGCAGUUGGAGGAGGCCAAGAUGACAAGAUUGACUCAGGGGCAACACUAUUCUCGUCAUCGGUGGUGCCGUCCUUGCUGCCGCAUAAUUCGCCGCAAACAUUGACACUGACGGCGGAUAAAAAUAAAACCAAAGAGGAACAUAUUUCCGGUGGCGUAGUGCAGUCGUCGAUUGACGAUCCAGCUACUGUGUCAGAACCAAAUCCAGACGACACAGAUUGCUGA